AGAACUGCAGAAGAGGGUCUCUGUGUCUUCAUUGCUGCUGAGGAUACAUCUGAGGAGGAGCACACAUCACUUCCACAACGCGGCCAACGUACUUAGUUUUUGAAGAAACAUGGCACUCGCAGGACACCUGAAGCAAGAUGACAUUGCAGCAGCUAUCCAGGCUUGUCAAGCCCCAGGGACUUUCAACUACAAGACGUUCUUUGAACAAGUGGGGCUAAUGGGUAAAGCUACUUCAGAUAGGGAGAAGGUGUUCAAGGCCCUGGACCAGGACAAGAGUGGAUUUAUUGAAAAAGAGGAGCUGAAACGCUUCCUCCAGAACUUCUGCUCUAAGGCCAGAGAGCUCACAGAGGCCGAGACCAACACUCUCUUGGCAGCUGGGGACAGUGACGGAGACGGCAAAAUUGGGAUGGAAGAAUUCUGCGCCUUGCUGAAAUGAAAAUGUGAUGAAUGUCUUCACUGACUUGAACUUCAUUUCAUGAUUCUCUCUUAUUUAUUUGCAUGCAUUACCUAUUAUUGCUUUUUAUGUGAGUUGCUUAUUAAAAUAUGUUUAGCAAGUCUUUGUAGUAAAUGUGCAAA